AUGAGUGGCGCGGCGGGGCCAGAGGGGAGCCCCGGCUGGUGGCCCCCCGGGACCUAGCCAAGGGGUGAGAGAGACCAGCCAAGCCCCCCGGGCUGCAUGGGGGGGGCUACAGGAAAGUACCCCAAGAAGGACCCAAGACAAGUCCCCCCAGCCCCGUGUGAUCACCUAGGAUCGGCGGGGACCUGCCGGCUGCGCCCCUUCGCCCUGCCCGCUGCAGCCACCCGGGUUUAAGCUGCGGUGGGGUUUCGGGACCACCCCCCUGGACGGAUUCUGGUCUCGGUGUGGGACCCGCAGUGGGGCUCAUCGCGGGGGGGUUGGGAGCGCCCUGGCGUUGCUGAAGGGGGAGCCGGCGUGUGCGCCCCGGGCCCCAGCCGCUGGAGAUGAAGUGGGGGGCGUGGUGGGGAAGCGUUUACAUGCCAGCGCCUGUUCCCACGCCGCAUUGGCACGCUGGUCCCACUGGAUCCUGACUCCAGGAGAUAAAGGUGCCUUGAAAACCGGGCAAGGGGGGGGGGGAUUGUUCCGGCCAGUUCCCUGCCAAUAGAAGAUCCCUGCCUGCAGCACCUUUCCAAGAGUGAAUUAUGUAAGAAAAACCCCCAGACUUUUCUCCGGAGACCGCGAAGCGCUUUGCACAGUGAAGACGCGUCCCGAGUGAUGGAGAAGCCAGGCCUUUCUUUCUGGCAUAGCCUCUUCCCAUGUCACUGAGCGGUGGGGACACAGAACACCGGCGGCAGCAUUUUCCAUCGCGAGUAUCCAGGACUGUCUGGGGCUGGCAUGGAAGGGACAGCUGCCUCCUGCAGUGCUGUGCUCUUCUCCGCAUCUGUCACCUAAGGGGCAGCGCCUCUUGCUCUGUGAACAAAGAUGUGAAGAGAAGACCAUGCGCCCACUGGCUGGGAUAUGCGUAGCUUUGUGCGUGGUGAUCGUGGGACUGGCAGAGGGGGACGACCCAUGUCUUUUCACCCCCGACAAAAAAGUCGCCACGUGCAAAGGUCAGAACCUGAACCGCGUUCCCCAGCACCUUCCCCGCACCCUGCUCAGGCUGGAUCUCUCGUAUAACAGGCUCAAAGAGAUCACUGCAGGGGACUUCUCAGCGCUGACCCAGCUGCAGAGCAUGGACCUGGGCUACAACAACAUCUCGCACGUCGCGGCGGAUGCCUUCGCCUCCAACGUCCUGCUGGAGGAACUCAGCCUAUUCAACAACUCCCUGCGCCGGAUCCCCUCGCCGGCCCUGAAGCCUCUGAGGAAACUGAGGCGGCUGGAGAUGUCCAACAACUUGUACCUCCGUUCAACUCUGGACGAGGUCUUCAGCACUCUGAGGAGCCUGCAGGAGUUGUCCAUGGGCGGGUCUCUGAUCCAGACGGUCGGCAAGCGGGACUUCCUCCCGCUGAAGGAUAUAGCCUUGCAGAAGUUUGCCCUGAAGACGGCGUCCAGCCUACUGGAGUAUCAAAAAGGGGCCUUCUCGGUGCUCAACACCACAGCCCUGUGGUGUGACAUAGCCCUGGACAAGAAUCCCAAGGCCUUGCCCGUGAUUCUGCGGGACCUGAGGGGUAAGCCGCUGCAGUAUCUCCGCUUCCGCAACCUCUUUGAGUUCACCUACUACACCGAGUCCGCAGAUGUCUUCUCUGGCUUGGCCGAGGUGCGAGCCAGCAAGCUGGUCUUCUACCGGGGGAAGUUCAACGAGAACCUGCUACGGCUGGCCCUGCUGAACAUCCAGAAGUCCCGCAUCCGCGACCUCUCCCUGAUGGCCAUUGACUUCGCCCGCUCUUCCCCGGGGAACCGCUCGGAAGCGGGCAUCGCCAACCUGACCCUGGACAGCUUGUUGCUGCAGGACAUCAGCAACCCCGACAUCCUGCGUUUCGACUGGACCUUCACUUGGUUCAGCGGUGUGGCCAACCUCUCCAUUCUCAAUGUCAACUUCAACUUCGUGCCUUGCGACACUUGGGAUGAGAUGCGCAACGUGGUGACCCUGGACGUCUCCAACAACCGACUGAAGGACGCCUACAUCUACAACCAGGGCUGCAACUACCAGGGCGUCAUGCCCAAACUGGAGCGGUUCCUCGUGGCCAAAAACGAGCUGACCAGCCUGGGCGUAGUGGCUAAGUUCACGGCCAGUUGGCCUCGCCUGACCCAUAUCAACGCCAGCCACAACCACAUCGGGGGCCUGAAGGAGACGGCGUGCCAGUGGAAUCCCGGCCUGGUCUGGCUGGCCCUGGACCACAACACUGUUACCAUGGAGAUCUUCAAGUGCCUGCCCAUCACCCUUCACUACCUGGACCUCUCCUACUCCGAGCUGGACCGGCUGGAGAUGAGCUACUUUGUCCGCUGCCAAGACCUCCAGGAGCUGAAGCUUAGUGGGAACAAGAUCAAGUUCAUUCCCUCAGAGUGGAGAUGCCCCAGCCUGCGAAUACUGGCCAUGGAUGGCAACUCCUUUGGUGUCAUCAGCAAGGGCUCCUUCGUCAACAUGCCAGAGCUGACCAGCCUCAAGGCUGGGAACAACCCCUACCACUGCACCUGCGACCUCUACGGCUUCCUGCAGGAGACUCGGAGGAAGGGUAAGCUAACCCUGCUGGACUGGCCUGGGGACUGGACGUGCUACCACCCGGAGUCCCUGCUGGACAUGGGCGUGGCUGCCUACACCCCGGGGCUGACGGAGUGCGACGUGAGGGUGGUGGUGGCCAUCUCUGUCUCAGUCACAGCCGCUGUGAUCAUUGCAACCAUGGUGCUGUGCUGGAGGUUCGACGUGUUGUGGUAUCUGCAAGCCACCUACCGCAUCGUCCGGUCGAAGUAUCGUGCCCGCCACGCUCACCCCGCUCGGGCCUACGCCUACCACGCCUUCAUCUCCUACAGCUGCUCAGAUGCCGACUGGGUGAGGCAGGAGCUGCUCCGGCGGCUGGAGAGCUCCAGCCCCCCGUACCGCAUCUGCAUCCACGAGAGGGACUUCACGCCAGGCAAGUGGAUCAUCGACAACAUCAUCGAAAACAUCGAGAACAGCUACAAGGUCAUCUUCAUCCUCUCCCGCAGCUUCGUUGACAGCGAGUGGUGCAACUACGAGCUCUACUUCGCCCACCAGCGGGCCGUCGGGCUGGGCUACGAGGACGUCAUCCUCGUGGUGAAGGAGGCCAUCGAUCCCCAGAGCCUGCCCAACAAGUUCUGCAAGCUCCGGAAGAUGCUGAGCACCAAAACCUACCUGGAAUGGCCUUCGGAGCCCAGCCGGCAGCCUUUCUUCUGGAUACAGCUCAGGAAUGUGCUGGGGAAACCGGGAGCAGCCGAGCCCAGCCAGGAUCGGGUCUCUCUGGCCAGCGUGGAGUUGGGCUCAGAUGCGGUUGUGGGUAGUCCGUCUGAAGAGGAAACUGCCAUCGACGCCGUGGCUGGCCCUGCGAGUUAGCGCUCGCUUGGGCUCCAGCUCCGCGCUGCCUCUGCUCCUGAUUUACACGCCUUGCACAGUGCAUUGUGCGUUCGCACGCCGACAUCCUGCUUUGCAGAUGUGGUGGGAAGAACAUUGCUCCAGGUCUUAGCUGCUAAACUCCAGACCCAGAUUUUUUGGAAGGGAGCAAUGAUCUUAUUGGCCCAACUUGAGACCCCUCUUAAAGGGGCCUCCUUGUUAGAGAGUGCUGAGCACCUGCCUUCUGAAAGUUGGAGGCACUUGAAAAUCAAGGCACCUAAGUACUACCUAAUGCGUCGUAUUUACCCACCAGCCAAUGGGACACCCUAUGCUCCUGGACUGGGAGUAAGGAGCCCCCCUAUUCCAGGUCAAACUCUGAGAACAAAGCCACUGCUUGAUCCUGCCACCUCUUGUUUCUCCUGAAGGUUUAACCAGCGACAGUAUUGCCACGUAAUGGAAGGAUACAACUUUGCUAGGGCUCGUGCACUUUAGCGUCUGAGUAAAAUCCAUCCCUUUGCCGCACAAGCCGCUUACGUCCCAGCUGUUACCCGCUCGAGGACGUCAGUGCCGCGAGCAGCUUGUGCUGACCCUUUGCCUGAGUGAGCGGCACCCUCUGCGUAGGAGACGUUGACUGAAGUUUCUACGCUCCAGUUGUCUAGACCCGUGGCUGUCGGGAUCAGUCCCCACAGCAGUCAUCACCUGAGCUCUCUGCAUUUCUGACCACUACAAGUGACCGAGAUAGGUCCCUUUAUCUGCUCCAGGUAUGCCUGUGCCAAAAAUCUGCUUAUUGUACUGACCUCCAACUCUCAGCUGCAUCGGCUCCGGCUGGGUUACGGCACACCGAGCUGGAGUCUCGUACCAUGGACAAAACUGCCAGCAGAGUUCCGGUGGCAAAUUCUUCCAUCUCCCCGGUGAUGUGGCUGGAUAGAUGAGGUCCCUAGUGGGGAGGGGAAGCGAGAAUUUGUGCUUGAAACUGCAAACUGAGCCCGUCGGAGCGGGAUUCGUGGAGCCAGAGAGGGGAAGAACGUAUUUCUGUUGUGUUUCUUUUAGGGCGGUCGAUUUUAAUCGCCGUUAACGCAGUCCAAAAAAUUAAUCGUGAUUUAAAAAAUGAGUCACAGGUUUAAUUGCACAGUUAAACACUAGAAUCCCAAUUGAAAUGUAUUAAAUGUUUUGGUUUCAGAGGAGCAGCCGUGUUAGUCUGUAUCCGCAAAAAGAACAGGAGCACUUGUGGCACCUUAGAGACUAACACAUUUAUUUUGGAUGUUUUCUACUUUUUUAAAUAUAUUGAUUUCAAUUACAACACAGAAAACAAAAUGUACAGGGCUCACUUCAUAUUAUUUUUAUUACGAAUAUCCCAAAACAACGAUAUAAAUAGUAUUCUAGUAUUGUUUACCAGCGCGAUUCAUUUUUUAAUCGCUUGGCAGCCCUAGUUUACGUGAUGUAUUUAUGCCGUAUUUUUAACCGCAAGGACCCGUUGGAGGUGACUUGUUUCAUUUCGGCCCACUGAGUCGACGCCGCAGGACUAAUCCACCCUGCCCCUUUGGGGAUCUUUGCCACGGGGUCGAGUCGUCUCCUGUGAGCCUCGCCGACGUUGCAUCGCGACUCAUGGAAAGCAGAGGGGUUCCCGUAGCGCGAUCCUGCAUGACUGAGCUCCUGAGGAGAUAGGCCGGCCCCUCUGAAAUGUGGGGCAGAGGGCCCAGUGGAAUGGGGCUGCUGGGAAUAUACCUGGGAAGUCAGUUCUGAUCCCGUGGGGGAGGCAGGGGUCUCUCUUCCAACUUACACUCAGAAUCUGAAAUCGAGGUUCUGUCUCCCCCCCCCCCCCAUUGACUUCAUUAGGGGUUGGCCUCCCUACAAGAAGCUGCGCUGUCUAAAGUGGGAAGCCCGACUCCAGAGUUCUGUUUGUGGGUCUGAUCCUCUCUGGGUGCUUCUGUUUCCCCAUUUUUACAGAUUUGGGGGGGGGCGAGGAGGGGGCGGAAUAACUACUUGUGAGAACAAGUGUAUAUAAGGUGCUAAUGUUUCGAACCAGCUGUCCCCGCGUUCAGGCUGCCUCUGACUUCAAAUACUUUCUCCCUUGCUUGAAUGCACCUUCUUUAAAACUGAAGUCAUUGUGGGGUUUUGUGGGCUUGUUUUUUCAAUGUAAAGGUCUCAAAAGGCCGAUGGGGCUCGGAGCCUGGCUCCAC